GUUGAAGAAGAAGAUUGCAACACGGCUGUCGGUGGGGGAGGACCUGUGAAGCAGGAGGUACGAGUGAAAGCGCAACAUUAGUGGUGGAAAGUUUACUGUGACUCAAUUCAGCGGAAGCGGAGCUCGAGCGAAGUCCGUGUGCGCAACAGGUGUCGGUUGUGUAUGGUAACUGUAGGACUCCCUGCUUUAAGGUUUUGAAGUUGUUCGGACAGUGAGGAGAUAAGAUUUCGUCGGUUAAAAAGAGCAACAACAUGUCGAACCUCCGACCCAGACUGUGUGUGCUGGAGAAAGGAACCAGCGGCUACGGGUUCCACCUGCACGGAGAGAAGGGCAAGACCGGGCAGUUUAUCCGGCUCGUGGAGUCCGAUACUCCCGCCUCCGCAGCCGGGCUCCUCGCGGGCGACCAACUGGCUUUCGUGAAUGGUGACAGUGUGGAAGGCGAGAGCCACCAGCAAGUGGUCGCGAGGAUACGAGCCACCACCGGGCCUCUGGAGCUCAUUGUAGUGGACCACGAAACGUCGGAGCUGCUGAAGAAACAUAGCCUGAAGUGCCGGAAAGAGUUCGUCGAGGAGGGGAUUCCCCUGCCCGGUGGGGACAGCGACUCAGACCGCGGGGACACACAGAGCAACGGCACCCCGAGGGGCUCCAGCCCUGCCCCGCGAGAGAACGGGGAUGCUGCCUCGGAGAGGUCAGACAGGUCGGGGAGACUGAGCGUCAGCUCCAGCACCAAGGAGGAGAAUGGCAGGCUGCGACCUCGUCUCUGCCAAAUGAAGAAGGGACCCAGCGGCUACGGCUUCAACCUUCACAGCGAGAAGUCCAAACCAGGCCAGUUCAUCAGAGCCGUGGAUGAAGACUCUCCAGCAGAGAGAGCAGGCCUCAGACCACAGGACAAGAUCGUCCAGGUGAACGGCUUGUCAGUGAUUAGCAUGCAGCACUCGGAGGUGGUGGCAGCUAUCAAAGCAGGAGGAGACGAGGCCACCCUGCUGGUGGUGGAUGCAGAGACUGAAGAAUUCUUCAAGAGAUGCAACGUCCUGCCCACUGUGGAACACGUCACUGGACCUCUUCCUGAGCCAGCAUCAGAGGAGGAAGAGGCAGCAGUAGAGAUGAAGUCUAAAGUGACUGCAAGAUCCUCAACCUCCAGUGCCUCUUCCAACGCUUCCCUGCCAGCAGCAACCAGCAGCUCCCCGCCUGCACAGGUAAACGGGACAAAUACUAACAAUAUACCGUAAAACUUCAAUUAUUAG